AUUAAUACUUUAUCUGUGUACUUAUUAAAAAGAACUGUAAAAUGGGGAAGGAUUGGCUGUUGUGAAGGAAAUUGUGCCCUAUUUUUUGAGUGGUAAAGUGCGUUUUUAGUUUUGUGGUGAUUGUAAUGGUUGGUUCAUAACGUGUGGUAGGCAGACAGUGAAUGUGAAAAUGGUUUACACAAUUAGUGGAAACGGAAACAAUAAUAGGAGUGUGGAGAAAAGUGAACAAAAAUGGUGUUUAUGGAAAGAGGUUGUUUUGGCUGUUUUGGUAAACAUACCAUUCUUCACGAACGGAGUGGAAACCACAAUGCUGUCGUCCUCCGCGCACUCGGGUAACUUCGUCAGCCACAAUGGUACGCAAUGGACGACGGCGGCCAUGGUGGUCGGCGCGGGCGCAUCGGCGCCGGUCAUGUGUUAUAUUAUAGAUGCUUAUGGUAGAAUGAGUGGGGUGUUCCUUGUUAGUAUGGUGCAAGGGAUAACCUUAAUACCACACUUCCUACUCAACAAAAACAAUAUGUACCCCAUAGAAAUUGUCUUACACAUACUCUCAGGAAUUUCCUCAGGGGGACUAUUCACUGUUCUACCAAUCUACCUUCGGGAGAUCACGACAUUAAGAGGUUUCUCCCUAACUCUCAUGAUGGCCAUGACAACAGCUGGGUACAUGACGAAAAUUAUAUCGAUAGAAGUGAGGUUGUACCUAAUACUUGGACUAGUGAUGGUGCAAUUUUUAUCGAUACUGAUGAUGGUGGAAAGCCCUAGUUAUUUGGUGAUGGUGAAGAAAUAUGAGAAAGCGCGCAAGAAUCUAUCAAAGCUCAGAGUUGUGACGGAAGACGAUCCUCAUGUAUCACUAGAGAUAUCCAAUCUUAAAGCUGAAAGUGACAAAGCGAAAACUGUUGGAAAACUAUCUGUUAGGACUGUUUGGAGAAACAAAAUCUGGUUAGAUGGCACCAAAAUAGGGGUGGUCCUCUACACCCUCACAGCCAUAUGUGGCAGCAUACUGUUCCUAGACCAACAGAAGACGCUGAUGCAGCUGAGGGUGUCUUCAGACCCUGAGAGGAUGCUGGUGGUCAGUACUCUGUUACUGGGCAGCAUAUUCUGUUUAGUGUGCUCCACUUUCGUUGAUAGGAAGUAUCUCCUAACAGCAGGUUACGUAACAAUGACACUAUCUACCGGGGUACUAGCAGUGUAUACGCAAGCAGAUCUAACCGUGACGUCACUAAGAUGGCUGCCUGUCACGGCGUUGGGCAUGUUAGUCUUCGCCUACGGGAUUGUAUGGGGGUUGCCUGUGGUGAUCAUGGUUGAAGUAUUUAAUUUGGAGAUCCGAGCAACCCUAAUCGGAACAAUAUACGCAUAUUCACAAAUAAUAAAACUAUUCCACGUACAGACCUUCCAAUACAUAGAAGAUUACAUCGGAGUUUACACCACAUUCUAUAUAUUCGCCUGUAUAAACCUUUUUGGAGUGGUGUACACGCUAUUCGCAGUUCCUAAUAUUAGAAAUAAGAGUGUUAGACAAAUUGAGAGACAGUUGAAACGACCGGCUUUGCCUGCGUGAAUAAAUUAUAGAUUAAGUUUUUUAAA